CGGGGCGCGUGGCGCGGGAAUGGAGGGGCGGCUGGAGAACCCGGCCGUGGAGCCGGGCGGGCAGCCCGAGACGGUGGAGCGGGAAGUGGUGGAGCAGCUGGAGAACCCGGCCGUGGAGCUGGGCUGCCAGCAGGAAAUGAUGGAGCAGCUGGAGAAUCCGGCUGUGGGGCCGGGCCGGCAGCGGGAAGUGGUGGAGCAGCUGGAGAGCCUGGCUUUGGAGCCAGGCAAGCAGCGAGAAGUGGAGCAGCGGGAGAACCCGGCCGUGGAGCCGGGCGGACAGCUGGAGGAGGUGGAGCAGCGGGAGAACCCGGCCGUGCAGCCGGGCGGACAGCGGCAGGCCGACCGGGAGCUGGUGCAGAGCCCUGCGGAGGGCGCCGGGGAAGUCCAAGGCGCUCUGCCCCCGGCCGCGGGCCCGCGGCGCUCGCCGCCCGCCUGGCCCCGCGGUCCCGCGGCCGCCGUGCCCUCGUCGGACUCGGACAGUGAUACAGAUUCAGAUAGUUCAUCAACUACACUCUUCUCUUCAUCUUCAUCAGCAGUAUCUGAUGAAGAUGAUCAUCCAAAUGAAAAGAAUAACAGAUCUUACUGUCUUAGGACAAAGGAUGAGUUGCCUAUUGAUAAACUGCCUCCUGUUGAAGACUUAUCAAUAAUUCUUCCAGAUAAUGUUGAACUGAAACUCUUUGGGACAGUUUCCAGCGUGAUUGAGCAGCUAGUAAUAAUUGAAUCACUGAGAGGCCUACCUCCAGUAAAUGAGGAAAGCAUAAUUUUUAAAGAAGAUCGGCAAGCAGUAGGAAAGAUAUUUGAGAUAUUUGGUCCUGUUUCACAUCCUUUUUAUGUGAUAAGAUUUAACAACUCUGAGCAUAUCAAAGAGAAAGGUGUUAAUGUGCAAGAUAGCAUGUAUUUUGCUCCAUCAGUAGAGGACUUCACCCAAUAUAUAUUUGCAGAAAAACUAAAACAGGAAAAAGGUUCAGAUGCAUCUUGGAAGAAUGACCAAGAACCACCACCUGAAGUUUUGGAUUUCAGUGAUGAUGAACAAGAAAGAGAGGCAAAACAGAAGAAAAAGAAGCCUCAAAGUCAAGGAAGGAAGAAAGUCAGAUUAGAAACACUUCCAUCAAGUGAGAAUAAAGAACUUCAUCACUCAGUGCAACAGCCUGCUUCAAAUUACUCAAGGGGAUACCGUGGCAGAGGCUUCUCCAGGGAUCUAUAUCCUCCUCCAUCAGGCCCUCGAGGGUUUUGCAGACCGCAAGUAAGACCACCACAGCUGUACUUUUCAGACUGGAGAACACACCAGGAACCACCAGUGUUUCCACCACCUCACAGAAGAGAAAAUCCAAUGAUACAACAGUAUGCCUUUCCUCCUCCAGAGUUUGGCUAUGUCAGUAAUUGGCAUCAGUUCCAACCUCCGCCUUCAAAUACGAAUGUGAUGUGGACAGGCCCAAACAUGUACAAUUUAUCCUACUCAUUUCUGCCACCGCCACCACCACCACCUCCUCCAGACAGCCAUCCUCCUCAGUUCAAGCCUUAAUGAGAUUCCAUAUGGGUCCAUAUAGAACACUGCAGGUUACAGGGAGAAAGAACAGCCUGCCAGGACUGCAUUCCGUUAUUUUGGAGAUGCUUGCUUUUACUGCAGUGGUGGAACAAAUGCAGAGUUUUGCGCUUCAUGGGACAUCUGUAGGAAAUUAUUUCUUUCUGUGUAUGUUUUCUAUUUCCAAAAAGAAAUCUAUAUGAUAAAAGUAACUGAAUACUGAAUAAUAGUUUAUUUUUAUAAUGUCUUCUACUUUAAGAUGAUAAAUAAAGCUUUUUGAAGAUUGGUAUAUAGUGGUGGAAAUGUAUUUAGUAAUAAAUAUAAGAGUUUAUAUAACUACUUUUAAGUAGCAAUGAGGGUAUUUCACAUAGACAAUAAUGGAGUAUUUUUAGAAUGAUGUUGUAUUGCUAUACUAAAACAUUUUUCUCAAUUUCUGCAAAUUUUGAAACCUACAUGGGAACUGAUAAUCGACAUCUAAAUUUUGAGCUAGGUUUUUCACUAUAUAUAUAAGGUAUAAACCACUAUCUAGCUUUCAAUACUUCACUAAUUUCAUAUUGACUAAAAGACUACAUGUGGAUGGUUCUUUUUUUAAAAUACCUGGAGUAGCUAGAUCUGAAUUUAGACCAGUGGCUGGCUUGCUGUGUCACAUUUGGUGUUCUGCAAUGGUUGUAGAAGAUCAACCUGUUCAUAAGAUGUUUUGCAUUUAAUUUAGGAUCUAAAACCAGCAUAAUUUCUCAAACUUGGAUGUAGCUUCUCUAGUUCCUAGGGCAGAGAUGCUCAUAAAUAUCUACUAGAAUUUGUGGUCAGUCUUUCUAGGAAGAAGUCAUUAGGUCUGUUGGAGAGAAAGCCAUUUCAGAACUCCCUUGUUUAGAUGCUUAAGUGCAGAUGGCACUAGAUUGCUGUUUGAUUACAGUCUAAACUGUCCCCUGAAAUUAUGAGGUUCAUCAGUUCUCCCAGCUUUUUCCGGGAGCGGGGUGAAGUUACCACCAAGGAUCACUUGGAAGAACUUCUCCCUGUCCAAAGAGCCAGUCCCACAAUUGCACUUCCCUAGUCUUUGUGGAAGUGACUCUGCCUGACAAGGAGGGAGGACCUCAUACUGCAUCAAUAUUUUAUAAACAGGAGGGAAAAGUACUUGUGGGACCAACAAGGAUUAUUUUUCAACUGAAAAGUCAUUACUAGUGAUGAUGUUUGAAUCUUUACCAAUACAGUCACCUUGAACUGAUAAAAGUGUGCGGUAUGUAUUUCUAUACUCAAACUUAUUUUGACCUUACUACUUUAAUAAACAUUUCAAGUCUUAAGUAAGCUGUGCUGGUGUUGCUUAGACUUUAAUUCCUAAUAGCUUGAAGAAUGAAGCAAAAUUUUAAUGCAGAGAGGAAGGGACUGCCUUGUCCAAGAUGGUGGGACUUAGAACUAGAAUUUAAUUUCAGACUUGAAAGUUUGCUAUAAUAUAUUUAAGUAAUGAUAUUCUUUGAUAUAUCUAGAACUACUGUUUCAUAAUUUUGUACAACUGAGGAGGUUAUAUAGAUGUCGGUUUAUGGCAAGCAGGUACUCUACAGUGGCAGCAAAUAAUUGCAGAAGAGCAGUAUUCCAGAUGUUCAUGUUUAAUUCAGUUCCUGGAGAUUAUAUUUUUGUAUUAAAAGGAAUGUCCAGUUCUAGUUUGUUGUAAAUGUUUAUGUUUCAGGGGAAAGGUAGGAGAAGCUGUAUUUCUGGCUAUCUAAGCAGCAACCCAGAUAUGACUUGGGAUGCCAAUGGCUUGCUCUAUAUCCCUGGCACAGACAUCAUCAGCCUUGGCAUCCAAAGGGGCAGUUGAAGAAUUAACACCAGGAACAGGAGUGAGGUACUAGGAAGUAAUUAACGGUCUUAAUUAUUACUGCUAUUGCAACUGGUGGUCUUUUUAUGUAUAGUAAUGUUCACUAUUUUCUGCAAUAAUUGGGUCUGGACUAAUAAUUCUUUGAUAAGGCUGUUAAGAUUUCUCUUAAAUGAUGUGUUCUCCUUCCCCAUAAUAAUAUUUUUGCAUGUAGCGAAGCCCAGUAUAAAGGUGGGUUACAGAAUAUAGUUUGACAGAAAUGUGUUGCAAUCUAAGGUGUUUUACAAAUUCUUGUUUGUUAACUGUAAUACUGUUUUAUGUGCUCUUGCCUGAUUGCUAGACUUUGGCCUAUGAUUGGUCAAAUGUAUGUAUUUUGUAGUAGAGAAAGUAGAGGAAAUAAGAAUAUUUUCUAGUACUUGAAAAUCUCUCGAUUUCUGUCUCCUAUUGUCCUCACAUUGGGCCUGGAAAGCUGCAAUAGAGCUUUGUCACGUACGUAAUAUUUUUAGUUAUUCCCCUUUUUAGGGGAAUUUCUUCGUGGACUGCUCUCCAGAGAAAGCUUAAGGCAUGGGAUGGAGGGGAGAGGCUUGAGAAAAUGAGAGGCUUAGGGGAAGAUUUGCUGUGAUUUUUCAAAGGGCUGAGGUUUACAAAUAAAAGUAUUAAUGCAGUAAACUAUUGGUUUGUAUAAAUUACUGUGAUGUGAUAACAUGGGAAAUGGAAAUGGUAACUGCACAUUUGACAAUCCUAUUUCCUCUUAAAUUUAUGAACAAAAAGCGGUACUUUGGUCUUUAAUUUAGACAAGAGCAGCAGGAAGGGGAUAAAUUCAUCUAGGAGGUGAACAGCAAAAGGACAAACAGGUUUCCUAAGGAAAAACUAUGACAAGGGAAGCAGGGAAGAGCAUGCUGCCAUAGAUUGCUUGGAGAUAUGGUGGAAUCUCCAGUCUUUGAGGGAUUCAGAAUUUGACUUUGGCCUGUGGGAUGUAAUGUCCAAGUCAGUUGAGGGUGGACCAGGUGGACUGUGAAAUCUAAGCCCAAACUAUUUUCAUUACUGUCAUUGUUCUGGAGUUUGGUUUUCUCACCAGAGAUUUUUUUUUGUCUAGAUGCUAAGAGACAUGAACAGUCUCCCCUGAAGCUGGUUUUUGGGAAGCUAGCUUUUCAUUUAUGCUAUUGUAUUCUUUCAUUGUACCUCAGAUUUUUAUAAACAAAAUAGCCAUGUUCUAAAAGUUGGACUUGCUGCAGAAAAUAAUGAAUGCUUCCAUUUCACUGGAUCUAAGAGGAAUGGAAUUGUUCCUGUAGUAAUUGUUUGGAAACCAAUGCUAAUGAGAGUCUUAGUUGCUGUCUUUUUUCCCUUAGGAGGUAAAGUAAAGCAUUUUGUGUUGUACAAUUUAUUUUGAGAACAUUAUCAAGGAAUAACUACCUGGAAAUUUUUUUUUUAAAUGCAACCACAAAAAAAAACCCUGAGAAUUAUUUUGAACAAAUGCUCUCUAAAGUAGGGAUUUUUGUCUUAGAUAAGACCUUUUUAGUAAUGCAAGGCAGUCAUGCCAGGAUGCAUAUUAAUGACACGCAGAUGAAAAUAAGAAGUAAGCAGUUUCUUUGUAGGUUAUAUUUAGAUGUUUCCAGGUUCCAUUUUCUAUUUCUUUGCAAUUCCAAGGUAUAGUCAGUUAUUCUUGCCUAGUGACUUCAGUGAUGCACAUAAUCUGAUUUAAAGGAUUGAUGAAUCUGUACAAAACAGUUGGUAAUAAAUUUGUUACAGUGCCAAUGAUGACAAGGCUUUUACAGAACAGUUUACCUGUCAAGGCAAAUGCAUAAUCUGAAAAGCAUGAAUAAUUACCUUUCUUUAUCUCCAUCACUGUGCGGUAGCCUUUACUUGCCAUAAAUUAAAUCUGUUGGGACUAUGGAAGAAAAAUGUUCAUUUUCCUGUGAAUCUGAUGUUCUGUAUUUUUUAGGCAAUGUUCUGCAAAAAUGCUUUAUUAGGAUUUGCUGUUUGACUGCUGAGGGUUGAAAUGGAUGGAAAUUAGGAAUCACAGAAUGGUUUGGAUUGGAAGGAGUCGUAAAAGACCAUGUGGGUCCAAGCCUUCUGCAGUGGGUGGGGACACCUUCCAAUAGAUGAGAACACCAUCCAGUCUGGCCUUGCCUAUGCACAAUGCUUGCUGUUUAUUAGCAGAAAGCCAGUUAUACAGAGGGACUGGAGUGGCAUACCAGCUUUGAACUUGGACACAGACUCCUCUCUGACUCUUCUAUGCCCACCUGGGUACUUGCAAGUACAUGGGCAGAAAACAACUUGCUCUGCAAAAUACUGAAUCUACUAUGGGAUCAAUUAGAGGUAGGAAGUGUCUUAAAUUUGCUUAUAUCAAGUUUCAAAGACUAUUGUUUGCAUUUAAGCAGGAAGAUUUCAUUCUCUUGAGUUUCCUUUUGUGAGAAGUAGGAAACAAAAAUGUAGAAACUUCUUAAUCAUCAGAAUGAAAUUGGUGCUUGAUACCAGAAUUAGUUGUUAUGAAGGUCUGUCUUUUGGAGGAAGUGGUACAGCUAAUAUUUUCUUUAAAGACAAGAAGAAUGCUACCUAUAUCCAUUUAAUACUAUUUACUCAAUUUUAAAUAUGUACAUUAGUUGGUCUCAUGUUUUGUGAGAAUUGCAUGCGUAUGAAACCAGUAAAAAAAACAAAGUAUUUUCUUCAACGUAGACCCAGGAAAAGAGUAUAUUUUUUGACAUUCCAGUUGAUUGCUUUAUGUGAAUGUUUAACCUCAGGGAGGCUUUCAGUUUGCAAUUGAAAAUUAACUUAGACUGUAAAGAGUUCUUAAACCUGUCUACUGUAUCUCAAUUGCACCUUUCCCAGGCUGUCCUGUGUAACAGUAUGGUCCUUUAUAUACAAACAAACAUUUAUUAAAUGACAUUUUUGUGAGCA